UGCCGUGGACAGCAAACAGAAAAGCAAAUUUCAUUGUAUGCCCAGACGCCAACCGAGGCAGGCGGAAAAUUUUUCAUCGUCAAGUUCCUCCGAAGACCACCGUCGUGGUAUCGUGAUACCGCUUCGAGCAUCAUGGCCAACCCGCCAAAUUUCCCGUUGAUAUCAUAUCAACCACUGAGAUUUGUAUACAAGUUAUCAUAUUUUGGCACAAUCAUCGCACGCCUACCGUACUAUACCUUAGUGGCACUAAUCCCUGCUUUCAGGCCAAAUUCAAAAUGGAGUGCGAAGCAAACAUUCAUGACGCGCAUUCUACAACCGUUGCUUGAUAUGACAUCUCGCAUUGGGAUUACAGAAACACUCACUUUGGAACAGGGUAAGGAGGACGAGAGGUUUCAAAUCGUGAAGCCAUCUACCUUGGAUGUCUACCAAGGACCACUUCAUUCUGAAAGUGUAAAGCCUGCGACAAUUGGAGGAACUUGGUAUCCCAACCCUCCACAGGCGGAUAUAUCUUCAAAGAUCGUUGUACUCUAUUUUCACGGAGGUGCGUUCGUCCAAGGUGACGGGCGAGACGAGUCAACUGGUUCCAUCGCGAAGAAAUUCCUCGAGAAAGGAGGCGCGGAAGCAUUCUUCUCUCUACAAUACCGACUCUCAGAGUACGGAGGCGUAAACCCAUUCCCAGCCGCACUACAAGAUGCAGUGUCGGCCUACUUCUACCUCCUAAAUGAGCACCACAUCCCAGCGAACCAAAUCGUCAUAGGCGGUGAUAGCGCUGGUGCCAACCUCGCAACGGCGUUUUUGCGUUACCUCCAUGAAUAUGGCACCGAGAUCGGCGCCCCGUACCCGAAAGCCGCUGUCCUGCUCUCCCCGUGGGUCGCUCCCUUUGAUUACCACAUAAAGGACAACCGCGCCACUGACUUCAUCCCGACGUCGUACCCCGCUUGGGGAGCACACACCUACGGCAACGGUGCACCCGACGAGAGGACUAACCCUUACAUCACGGCCUCACUCAAACCUUUUUCCACUCCUGUCCCCAUAUUUAUUAACGCCGGCACUGCGGAGUUACUCUACGGACAAAUCGUAGGGCUUGCGGAUGGUAUGAGCAAAGUACCCGGCAAUGUUGUGGAACUGCAUAUCGAAGAUGCCGCGGUCCAUGAUACGCUCUUGACUGGCCGGCUAUUGGGUUUCGAAGAAAGCGCGUGGGAGGUUGCGGCGAAGGUCGGCGAAUUUGUGCGCAAGCUUUAGCGGGUUUUGUUUUUUGUU